CUCUUUCCGGCGUAGACGUUAGACGGAGGUCGGCGAUGAGGAGACAGCCAUGAGGGGUCAGGCCGCCGCGGUGCCCGAUAUCUGCGCCGCCUACGUGGCCGGGCGGGAGCGGGAGUGCUCCCCGAGCCGGGAGCUGGCUCCCUCGCGCCCCGGUGAGGCCAUGCAGCUGAAGAAGGAGAUCUCCCUGGUCAACGGCGUCUGCCUCAUCGUGGGCAACAUGAUCGGCUCAGGCAUCUUCGUCUCGCCCAAGGGGGUGCUGAUGUACAGCGCCUCCUAUGGCCUCUCGCUGGUGGUGUGGGCGGUCGGAGGGCUCUUCUCCAUCUUCGGCGCCCUCUGCUACGCCGAGCUGGGCACCACGAUCACCAAGUCGGGCGCCAGCUACGCCUACAUCCUGGAGGCCUUCGGCGGGUUCAUCGCCUUCGUGCGGCUCUGGACCUCCCUGCUGAUCAUCGAGCCCACCAGCCAGGCCAUCAUCGCCAUCACCUUCGCCAACUACCUGGUGCAGCCCGCCUUCCCCACCUGCCAGCAGCCUUACCUCGCUGCCCGUCUCAUCGCUGCCGCCUGUAUCUGUACGCCCGUUUUCCGACAGACCUUCGCUGACCAGGUCUUUGGCGUCUUCAACUGGACCAUCAUGGUGGCCGUCGCUCUGUCCUGUUUCGGCGGACUCAACGCCUCCAUUCUCGCCGCCUCCAGGUACGUCCUCCGCCCCUCCCCCCCACGCUAUCUCGUCCCUCCCGCCUGGUGCCGCCUCUCGCGCCGAACCCAACUGUUGUGGACCAGGCCCGACCCCCCCCCCACUAAACAUCUUGCCGCAGACCCAUUUGUGUUGGCCGAUCGUGCGGCGGAUAUUCCCAGAGCGCGUUAG